AUGUGCAAGGGUUUAACUUAUUUUCGCGUUCUUCAACUUUACAAACGUAUCAUAAAAAUAUCUUAUUCAUGGCAAGCUAUUAAUCAUCCAGCAAAAACACUUGAAGAACAAAUAUAUAUUCGUAAUCAAGCUCGAGAACUUUUUAGAAAAAAUAAAAAUGUAAAAGAUUCAAAUGAAAUCGAAGAACAUAUUCGUGAAGGUGAAGCGCGUAUUGAAUUAGCUUGCCAUUACAGAAAUCCAUACCCGAGACUGGUGAAUUUACCAACAUAUUCUUUGCCACCUAAUCACAAUCGUAUUCGAUUUAGAACUGAAUACGAAACAGAAGAUAUGUCAAGGCCAAUUUAUUUGAAAUCGUUUGAAACGAAAGAAGAAAUAUUAGACAAUGAUGAACAGUUCAAACCAAACUAG